AUGAUCAAUUUCAUUGAUGAUGAUGAUCAUGCACCAGAUCCUUUCCUUAAGGAUAGCUCAGGAAACUUUACAACUGAAGCUAAUUUAGAGUUCUUUCAAUGGAAGAGUCGUGAACAGGCCUUGUUCACUUUCCUCAAUUCAACACUCUCUCCAUCAAUCUUGGCUCUCACUGUAGGCCAAAAGUCUGGAAGAGGAGUUUGGAAAGUUAUUGAGAAAAGGUUUGCAUCAGUGUCACGAUCUCACAUUCUCAAUUUGAGAAAUGAGCUAAUGAGCAUCAAGAAGGGCUCAGAAUCUAUGGAUUCUUUCUUCCAAAGAAUUAAAGAAAUCAGAGAUAAGCUUGGAGCCGUAGCAGUCUAUGUUAAUGAAGAAGAGCUAAUUCAUCUAGCUCUUAAAGCCUUACCAUCAGAGUAUGAUGCAUUUUGCUCUAUAAUCAGAACUAGGAAUGAUGUUCUCACACUUGAAGAAUUGAACACACUCUUAAAUGCUGAAGAAAGAUCAAUCAAGAAAAGGUCAGAUUUCAGGGAUUCUACAUCCUUGGCUAUGGCAGUCAAUCACUUUAAUCAAGGUUUUACAAGAGGUAGAGGCAAGAAUGGUAAUAAUAGAGGUCGUGGAAAUGGCAGAGGUGGCAAUAAAUAUCAGUUUUCUGGUGGUUACAACAAUCAAUUUUCAGGUCAUGGUCAAUUUCACAAUAGCAAUAAUCAAGUCAGUGAUCAUCAAUUCACUUCUUUUCCACAGAUCAAGUCCAAUUCUUCUCAGGGACAGAAAGUUGCUUGUCAAAUAUGUGGUAAAAAUGGUCAUUAUGCUUUGGUCUGCUACCAUCACAUGAAUUUUACUUACCAAGGUAGGCAUGCUCUAGCUAAACCUGCCUUCAUGGCUGCAAGAUUAAUGGCUGCAACUACAAGUGCAAAUCGGAAUCCAAAUUGGUUAAUAGACACUGGUGCUUUUGAUCAUAUCAUACCAGACUUGUCUCAGCUUUCCCUUGGACAGCAACCUACAACUAGUGAGUCUAUAACAGCUAGCAAUGGGCAAGAAUUACUAGUAACACACAUUGGAAAUGAUUUGCCUAUAGGGAAGGUCCUUUAUCGAGGGCUGAGUAAGGAUGGAGUCUAUCCUAUACCUCCUUUUGCUUUUCUGCCUUCAUCAUCUUCUUCUCAUCCAAAUGGUAUUGCUAAGAGGAAACAUAGGCAUAUUGUUGAGAGUGGAUUAUCUAUGCUUCACCACUCUAAUCUUUCUCUUUCCUAUUGGUCAUAUGCCUUUAGUACUGCAAUUUAUCUUAUUAAUAGAGUUCCUUCUUCUGUUUUGAAUUUUAUCUCACCUUGGGAAAAGUUGUAUGAUCACAAACCACCUCUUCAUGCCUUGAAAACCUUUGGUUGUGCCUAUUACCCUUUCUUGAAGCCUUACAAUUCUCAUAAAUUUGAUCCUAAGUCUAGACAGUGCAUCUUCCUUGGUUAUCCUCCACAAUCCAAGGGUUAUAUCUGCUUGGAUGCUCUCAUAGGUAGAAUUUACAUUUCACGUCAUUAUGUGUUUGAUGAAUCUAUAUUUCCCAUCUAUCCAGUUUCUAAUUCUGAGUCAUCUAUUUUAUUUUUUGCUACUCCUUCUCCUUCCUUUGAUGUCUGGCUUUCUUCCUUGAUUCCCAGUUUUACUCUUGUUCUAUCUAACUCUAGUCCUAACACUCACUCUAGUUCUACUCUGUCUAACUCUAAUCCUUCUUCUAUGCCUGUUCUUUCUCAUGAUACUCUUCUUGUUCAAUCUGUUUUAUUUGUUUCUAAUCCUAUUGUUGAAGCAAUGGAUUCUGAGUUUACCAGUUUGCAACAACAACAUACUUGGACUUUGGUUCCCUUACCACCAAAUAAGAAUGUUGUGGGAUGUAAGUGGGUGUACAAGGUUAAGAGAAAUAGUGAUGGGAGUAUUGCUAGAUUUAAAGCUAGGCUUGUUGCCAAGGGUACUUGCAGCAGUAUGGAGAAGGUUUACAUGAGUCAACCACCUGGGUAUAAGGAUCAUUCUAAGCCUCAUCAUAUUUGCUUGCUGCAUAAGGCCGUUUAUGUCCAUGUCGUUUACUUGCUUCUAUAUGUGGAUAACAUUAUAAUUACUGGCAACCAUGCUACUUUUGUUGCUGAGAUUAUCAAGCAGAUUAGUGUCUCUUUUGCUCUCAAGGAAUUGGGUCUUAUAAGUUACUUAUUGGGCCUGCAAAUUGAGUACAUUGAUGAUGGAAUUUUUGUGCAUUAG